GUAUUAAGUAAUAAUGAAACAGUUGCAAUGGUGCCUGGUGCAAAUCGAAGCUUUUGAUGAAAUUUAAGAAAAAUUUAAAACUUAUUCAAAGCCUUCACGCCACCCGGUAGGCAGCUGCAAAAUGCAGGCGAAAUCAAGCAGCAAGAAAAUGCACACGGAAACCAAAAGCGAACAGAAAUGCAUAGUAGAAGCCAAGGGGAUAGUGCAGAAAUAUAUACAUAUGUUUGUAUGUAUGUAAAAACGUAGAAAACAAGGCAAAAUAAAGGAAGGAAAACCAAGCAGCCAGACAAAACCACAGCCACUAAAGAUACCGAAAAGUAAUGGAACUAAUUGCUCAACGAAAGGCGGCCAGCCUAUCAGUCAAAAGCCCAUUGUUCCCAACGAAAGUGAAAAUGAAAAUGCCAAUGCCAAGCUCAAAGCCAACUAGCUGCAAUAAUAAUUGGAGCACCUGCAACUUGCAACCAGCAACUGGCAACUAGCAACUUGCAACAAGCAAGUGGCAACUACUAUGUAGUAUAUAAAAGCAAGUGCUUUGCGCGCAGGCGCCGACAGUUGAAAUUCGCCAGCAGCCACAAAACAGCGAGCUCCUAAAUUCGAAAAUCUGCAUUCAACAGUUGCUGAAAUAUUCAAAUUGCGCGGUGGGAAUAUCGAAGUUUGUUGGCCAACAUGAGGAAGCAUUGCAUCAAUUGGAUUUGGAUGUUUUUGCUGCUGGAGCUGAUUUUGAUCAGAGCCGAACAGCAGGCAGAGGAUCACAGAAUUCAGCGCCGUUUCAUGUGGCAAGAGAUGAAUAACUCCGUGAUGGGUGGCGUGCUGGGACGGAUGUUCAACGGAGCCCGGGCGAUGAAGUCGAUGCUCACGGAUCUCAUGCCGAGCACGGCGGGAUAUGGCCAAAAAAUCAAUAUGGACUUACUGCCGACAGAGAUGACGCGAGUGAAGUACAUUAUUCGCAAUCCACAAACCAACAAGCCGAUGAAGAUCAUCAAGAUGCGACCGUCGCCAAAGAAGGUGAUUAAGCUGAGGAGACCCCUACCUAAGCCCACUAUCACCGAGUCCUCGGUGAUGAUCUCGCACGGAGUCCAUAAGGAUCAUCGGAUGAGGCAGUUGGAAAAGGAGCAAGAACUCAUAGCUGAGGGCAAGGCACCGAUGACCAGCGAUGAGGCAAUAAUGGAGAAGUACUUCAAGAAGCGUCCACGAGGCGGUUCCUCCAACGAGGUCGUCUCUGGCAAGAUUAUGGAGUACCAGAGCUGGAAACCCGUAUACAAGGCAGGUGAAACACCAUCAACGUUCGUGACUUUAAGACCACAAGCCCUGACACAUUUGCACACGGAUAUAUCCAGUGGGGAUCAUGAAAUGUUGCCAAAGCCCGAGAAGCUGGUGAGCUACGAGUACGAAAGGGAGGAGGAUGACGAGGCGGAGAACGAGGUGGCCAAGCAAAUGGGUCACCGCUACGAGGUCACCGAGCAUACAGGUGAAGCCAGUGGCGAGGUGGAAACGGUCGAAACAGUGGCCUCCAUGGAGAGCGGGUUUGUGCCCAGUCAGGGAAUGACGUUCAGGUCUCCACCACCAGCACAGCAUGCUCCAAGGCCCAGACAUCGAACUCCGUCCAGUACCACAAGUACCACCACAACCACAACAGAGGCACCCAACUAUCCCGCCUCGUUCCUGAAGAAAUACCGCGAACGAGAGGCCACCACCACCCGCAGACCCCGGAAGCACCACAACAAGGAGGCCUAUCUGAUCCACGAGGGCGAGGACAGCUCGGAGGGCAGUACCACACCGCCGAGCUUUGCGAUGAGCAGUUUGAGGGCUCGCCUCCAGGAUCAGCAGCGCCACCAGAAACACCAGCACAAGCAGCAGCUGGAGGAGGAGGAGCUGGAGGCCGCCCUCGUGGAUGCCAUGCAUGGCGAGAAGUGGCCAGCGGAGGUGGCCCACAGCGGCUUCCAGCUGGCCAGUCCCAUUGGACCCAGUGCCGUGGCAUUUGAGCAACCUGUGGCCAAGGCGCCAAGGGGCCAAUACAAGCGCCAGACGCGCGACAAUAUCCGGCAACGUGGAUCAAUCAAGUUUGGCGACAAACCCAACUACGAUGAAGCCUGAGGAAGCGGGCAAAGUCACCAGUUAGCAACCAAAGAGCCAAAGGCUGCAGCUGAGCUACAUGAGUUUUAAAUAAAUGUAGUAGUUUUUUAUGCAACAUACGGUGACAAAUGUACGAAACUUCCCAAUCUACCAUGAAUGACCCUUUUGGCUUUAAUUUAAUUUAUGUCAAAGCAAACAUUUUAUUCAGUACAAAUAUGUACAAGUCAAAAUUG